AUGGCCGACCUGCAUCAGAAAUUCGCGAGUCUUGGUUUUGACGACGCGGCAGCGCAUGGUCAAACUUCUGACGCCCUUGAAAACGAGUCCCGUGAAGCACCAGUAGCAGCAGCAACAGCAGCCGACGACGAUGAUGGCGUUGACGAUCUUUCCGAUCGCCUCUCGCGUGUCGUUCGCGAGGCGACGACAGAGCAGCAGCGGCUCGACGCGAUCGCGUCGACUGUGUUCGCCGCCAACGCCAUGUGCUUCUGGCCCGACUCGGACGCGCACAGGCCGCAAAGGGCGUUCGGCUUCCGCGUCCUCCGCGCCAUGCCGCCCGCCGCGGAGUCGUUGGAGAUGCGCGGUGAGUUGGGGGGUGGUCGAGCAGCGGGCGGGCGAGCAGGGGAGUGCGCAGCCGCUCGGGAGUCGUGGGGGAAAUUUGAAGGCGAUGAGCAGCUCGGCUGCUCGGCAGCCAUGGCUCUCCUUCACCUCCAUACGCUCGCGCCGCCCCUUGCCCACUCACCCCCCAUGCCCACCCUCAUACGCCCUCCCCUCCUAUACCCUUCCCACUCAACCCCUUCCCCCCAUCCCCUUUUCCCCCAUCCCCUUUUUCCCCUCCCUCCCAUGCGCACCGCCCGUCCCCACCUGUAUGCCGCCCACUCCAUACCAUCAGGCACGUUCGUUCUCAUGGAGCGCAGCAGCGGGCGAGCCCCCUCCACGGACUGGGAGAGCUUCGGUGGGGAGAAGAGUCACAAGGCACGGAGCGUGACGGUGACCGUGCUGCCCCUCGUGCUGCCGUGGCUCUCCGCCAGCGCAGCUGCCACACUGCAGCAUGGCUGUGUUGCCACCCACGUGGCCGUGCACUCCACUCGAACCAAGUCCCAAGGCACCCAGCCCCAGCUGGCUGUCAGCGCUGCUGCGCCCAUUACAGCGGCCCCGCACGGAGCAGCAGCUGGGCGAGGAACAGGUGCUGCAGGUGGGCGUGCGCACACGCAGCCCGCCCUCACGGCAUGGGAGUAUUACCUCUGCGAGCCCCUCCCACUCUGCCGCCGAUCCACCACACUGCCACAAGCACCAUCAGAGCCACAGCCCCCCUCGCUGCCAGCAGCACAGCGAGUGGCGGCGCAGGCAGAGCUGCAUGCACAGCCCCAGUCUCCGUCACUGUCCCCGCCCUCGUCACCGGCAGCCAAGACCACCACACAGCCAUCCGUGCACUUUCACCCACUCACUCUCGUCUACAUCGGCGAUUCAAAGCUGCCGCCACCCCACAGCUCUCCUGCUGCCCCUGCCACUACACCCUGUUCUGCUGCCGUUGCUCUAUUGCCCACUGCUGCAUCUGCUGACCCGGACACCACUUCCGCUCGUGCCUCGCCGUGCCAGCUGCCAUCACCCCGUUCUGGUAGCAACACCACCGGCUCCUCUUCACAGCUCUCUGCUUCCCCCACAGUACCCUUCUCCCCGGCACCCCUCAUUGUGCCCACCCGAGCCGUGGCACCUCUUUCUACCACACCCUCCUCCUCGCCCCCUCCUUGCUCUGCACCUAGCCCAUGCUCUGCAACGCAAACACUUGUCGACAUCAUGCUUAUCAGGGACAUCACAUCGUUCGUGUCUCAAAGGGUGUCUUCAAAUGUUGCGAAAGAGGCGAGCAGGAACCCGCAGGGUGUGUCGGAUGCAAGUGGGCACGGAUCGGCAGAUACAGAUGCGCCUGGUCUGUCGGAUGAGGAUGUGGAGGAGCUGAAUGGGAUGCUGAAGAGAUGGGGAGUUGAUGCUGACGCAAGGCACCUGGACAGCAUUGUGGAUGAGUAUGGAAGGACUGUGCUGCACGUUGCUGCUCGCGACGGGGAUGUACUUGUGGUGCAGGCGCUAUUGGGGCUGGGCAUGCCGGCUGGAUUGCGCACGCACAACGGCAGCACGCCCAUGCACCGAGCAGCGUGGGGGGGACACGUGCCGUGCAUGCAAGUGCUGAAGCGCUAUGGUGCCGACAUCCUUGCUAAGACUGACUAUGAGUGGACACCGCUGCACAACGCAGCCAGGCAGCAGCAGUGGGAUGCAGUGGAGUG